UUAAAGAUUUUUCAUUGAACGUUUAUGAUUUUUUUUAUGUUUUUUUUACAUCGUAUGAUGUAGCACUGAAAAGCAUAAUUUGAAAAUUAGAAUCAACUAAGACUUACUGAUGCCACAUAGUUGGAUAGUCAGUGCCUUACUAUGGGGGGUAAGGCCCAGAUGAGAUUUGAAUCCCGGUUCUGUCGUGUGAAGACCGGCGCCGUUGUCGCCUCUACUACCGGGCCGCCGGGCCUUUGAAACAAGUCCCACCCGACUAAUACCCCAUCCUACGUUUCCAUGACACAAUCCGAUCAGCCACACUCAAGCACUCAGCUACGCUCAACACUUCCUUCCCAUUGCGUCACUCAUGACACAAAUACCGCACCAAAGUGUUCUAUAACGUUCGUUUUUCACCUUGCUCUACUGUCCUACUAAACUGUCAGCCGUUUUCAGAUGCGUUACAUCAAUCCAAUCCAACUCCAGACACUCUAGACACCAGAGUCUCUCUUGAAGCUUUUCCUUUUCCAUUGCUCCAGAAAAAUAAACCGCUGGUACGAAUGGCACAUUCGGGUAACAUUCACUCUGUCCCGCCCCACCAGCAUCAAGAAGUUUCCCGUAAACAAGCCGGUUUUCCGGUUGCGACUGGACAUAGCGCUCCUUGCCCGGGAACGGGUCGCCAACAAACACAACAAUAACAAACGAGCUUUGCACGAGCUCCUUUCUGACCGGUUUCGAUUCGUGAACUUGGAAGCUAGUUUGCAGGGGCGGUUUUUUUGCUAUCAAAAGAAACCAACCGACACAUUUCAUCUGCUUCCUGCAAGAAUGUCAUACGCGAUUGGGGCGCGAGUGUUGCUAAGCAACGGUUGAAGUUGCCAGUGCUUUCCUAUGUAAACACUUCCACUGCAAUACUUCACACGCACACACAGAACAAGCAGGUUUUAAUUGAAUAAGGAAGCGAUCAACGGCAUGAUUGUAAACAAAGUGAAACAAAUCUGGGAAAAUGCAUCCAAACAAAGCAAAAACUACGCUUCCCCAUAUUUGCUUUUGCAUUUCUUUUCUCCAAAAACGCGAGGAUGUUUCGCGAGAACCAGCGUCUCGUGACUCUUCAUACAGGAAAAAAAAGCAUCACACAAGUGAGAAAAACUGCUCCCAGGGCAUGCGGACUGGUAAAAGCUCACGCACAAAGCAGCCCGGCCUGGAGCGGUGGCAUGGGUUGGCUGUGCAUGGGCGAGCAUGCCACGAUCAGAAGAAAACGUGGAAACUCAUUCCUGCUCGGGCUCUCGAUCAGUGCGGAUCGGUUGUGUGUGUUUGUACCGGGUUGUGGCGGUGCGCUUUUCGCUUUUACUUCUUUUAAGCAUUGAACGAUGCUUUGUAAACCAAAUUAGUAGUAAAAUAAAUCGUUAUUUUAAAUCAAUCUUGUUAUGAUAAAUGCAACCAAGUCAGUGUAGUUAGUGUGUGCGUAUACAGUGAGUGAAAAUAAAUCUAAAUCGCGCAAGCGUACGCAGUGGAAGUGGAAUUACCCAUCCCAGCACUUAGUGUGAAUUGAUUCGAUAAUCAUAUGCUACGCUCCGAUAGCUGGAUUCAAACCGGUGCUAUCCCGGUACCCGUCAGCUUGGAUGCGUUGCCAUUCUUGAAGUGAGAAGUGAUUCUUCUGCGUUUUGCCCAAUUCUAGCAGUGUGAGCGUCGUCGUGCACAUAUUUCCGAUGUAAUUGCUCAACGGCAAUUCCGGUAGUUUGUUCUUUCUGUGUUUGUUGUGCCCGGCGUAAAGCACAAAAUCCAUCACAAAACGAAGAAAACGGCCGCUACUACUGUGAAAAGGAAAAACCACUUCCCACCCAUAAUGAGAUUAUUAUUCGGCGUGCUUACCGUUCUAUCGAUGCUGGCAGAGAUGGGCGCCAUUUUUCAGGGUGGCGUACUGGACCUAAACUUUUUUCGCUGCAUGUGGACCAAGAACUACGAGUGCCCGCACGAGGACAUCAAGUUUUUCCUCUACACACCCACCUUUCGGAAAGGAAGAAUCAUCGAUAUGAACGAACCAAAGUCCAUCUUCAAGGUCGGCUUUAAAACGAAUCAACAGACGGCGAUAAUCAUUCACGGUUUCAAUGGCACACAGACGAGCCGGCAUAUUAUGUUCCUGAAAGAUGCCUACCUUUCGCGUAAGUUUAACGUGUUUGCCGUCGACUGGGAGGUGUUGUCACAGUAUCCGUGCUAUUUUUCAUCUCUUUCCAAUACCAAACUGGUGGCACAGUGUACGGCACAGCUUUACUCUUUUCUUACGUUCGCCGGAUGUACCAGCAAGCAGAUAACGUGCGUGGGCCACUCGCUCGGGGCACACAUAUGCGGCAUGAUGACUAACCAUCUGACGAAAAAGCAGUACAAGAUCAUUGGACUUGACCCAGCACGACCACUGAUCGAGAAGCACGCAUCGAAAAAGUUUCGCCUAACACGGGAGGAUGCACGCUCCGUUCAGAUAAUACACACGAAUGCCGGUUUGCUAGGGCAAAGCUCGUUUACCGGUCGGGUGGACUUUUGCAUCAACGGUGGACAGGUGCAGCCUUACUGUGAGGGUGAUCGAAUAAAACAAGCCCGAUGUAGUCACUUUUUGAGCGUAUGCUACCUUGCCAACGCAAUCCUAGCGUCCAGACCAAUGCGAGCCUUCAGGUGUCCGUCUGGAUGCGUUCCCGACAAUCGGAUACCCUUCGUGAAGUCGAAUCGAGUGCGGAUGAAAUGGCUUACGGUCGGACAGGAUACGCCGGGAAAUGUCACGGGAGGAUACUGUGUGCACAUGGAGCAAACUAUGAACUGCCCAUUUAACUAGAACGGAAGACAUUACACGUGACGAAGUGAUGAGAGGCGGUGCAAUUCAAUGAGAAGAAGAAGGAGGAGCAUUUGGUUUUACAAAUACCAGUAUUAAACAAGGAACAGAUAACGACUAAGGACGCAAUGAGAACAUAGCUUGAUAGACCUAAGAUCGAUGUAACGCUGUAAAUACACCAGUUUAUUGUAACGUA